GGGUGAAAGGUUAGCGGAAGUGCCCUUUCUUCCUUUUUGCUGUAGUCCCGAGUGGUAGCUACCGAAAUGGGCAAGUUCAUGAAACCCGGGAAGGUGGUACUGGUCCUGGCCGGUCGCUACUCCGGACGCAAAGCGGUCAUCGUGAAGAACAUUGAUGACGGCACCUCAGACCGACCCUACAGCCAUGCUCUGGUGGCUGGAAUUGAUCGCUAUCCCCGCAAAGUGACAGCUGCCAUGGGCAAGAAGAAAAUCGCCAAGAGGUCAAAGAUCAAGUCUUUUGUGAAAGUUUAUAAUUAUAAUCACCUCAUGCCCACAAGAUACUCUGUGGAUAUCCCCUUGGACAAAACUGUUGUCAACAAGGAUGUCUUCAGAGACCCUGCUCUCAAACGCAAGGCCCGACGAGAGGCAAAGGUCAAGUUUGAGGAGAGAUACAAGACUGGCAAGAACAAAUGGUUCUUCCAGAAGCUGCGGUUUUAGGUCUGUCUCAGUUAAUAAAAAUAUUUUAAAAGUGUG